AUGAGCGGAGUUGAGAUGAAGCUCACAGAUAAAGCGUGCAGUGCUCCGAACAGUAAACGUUUUGCCCUUUUGAGCCACAGAUCAGUCAGAGAACCGGGAGGCGAACACGAUGCUAGGAACUUGGGUCGUGAAUCUCAUCCUCUGCGUAACGGCUACCGUCCUCACGAUGUCGCCUUCUCUCGUGACGCCGACUGUCCUGACGGCUUCUGCUUCUGUCGUCCCCACCUUCACGAUCGCGGCGAGGAGUGCGAGUCGCGGAGUGAAGAUGAGACUGCAGCGCUUACGACGGUACGGAAACGUGCCGGAAAAGCAGUAGGAUCAUCCAAUAAGAAAAGCAGUGAAUUCGAAGCUCGCAUGAAGCCCAUAAAAGAAUUAGUGGGACGAAUCAAGAAGGAAAUCGAUGAAGUCAAGACUGGUGACAGACCGGCAGCUUUAUCAUCAGGCGAUAAACCCAAGCCAUCCGUGGAUACAAAUCUUCCAAAUCUUUCGAAAGAAAAAUCUAGCCACUUAGAUGAAGGGAAAAUCAAAGAAACUGCAGUUAACACACCAGCGUUAGUUCCUGGUUCCAAACCUGGUUCCAAAGAGCGGAUGGCGAAGAAGUUGGAAGAUGAACAGAAAAAAAUCGCAGGUGAAGAUCAAAAAAGAAAGAAAAAAGGAAAAGCCGAAUCUAAGGAUGACCGUAAAGAAGGAAAGAAAGGAGAGGAGGAUUCUGGAUCAGAAGUAAUUGAUUACUGGCUGACGUCAGCGGAAAGAAUGAAGCCAAAACCGGAAGAAGUAGCAGUUCCUGCAAAUAAACCCGGCGAAGCAGAGCACAUUAUUGUAUCGGUUGCUCGGCCACCUUCACUUCAAAACGACUUCCUUUCAGACAUCCCGGCCACGGUCCAUCCCGACAUUUUACAAGACAUUCCGGCUAGUCCGCAGAACAAGAAACUGUCUAUACGUAAACCACCGCAAGACACUCCGGCAAGUGCAGCAAAAGGCAUCCCUGAUGAGGGCAAACAACCACUAGCUUACGGUGUUAUAGAUCGACCGGUUAAAAUGACACCGAGUGCAAGAAAACCAGUUGCGUCUCAAGCUUAUGGUGUAGUUGACCGCCCCAUGUCACGUGAGAGUUUGCCGGAAAAACCACCAAGUGCAGGGAAACCAGUUGCGCCUCAAGCCUACGGUAUAGCUGACCGCCCUAUGUCACGUGAGAAAUUGCCCGAAAAACCACCGAGUGUAAGGAAACCGGUUGCACCUAAAGCCUACGGUAUAGCUGACCGCCCUAUGUCACGUGAGAAACUGCCGGAAAAACCACCGAGUGCNNNNAGGAAACCAGUUGCGUCUAAAGCUUACGGUAUAGUUGACCGCCCUAUGUCACUUGAUAAUUUGGCAGAUAAGAAAUCCAAAGUUUAUCCAAUGGUGGACGAAGCCUACGGUGUAAUGGAUAGACCUGCUCUACCACCGGCUAAGACUCAAAUACAGGAUGCCGGUCGUCAAGGUAUGAUAGGAAAGCCUCAGCCUACAUCACAGCUGUAUCGUCCAAAGUCUCAAUAUUCUUCAGAGAGUGUUCCCACCAAGCCGCCAGAACAACAGCAGCGAGUACAGAAUACCAUGGGUUCUGUGGAAGCCCCCCGUCUCAAACAAAUGCACACUUCUCCACCGAAUCAUUCGUACAGGCUUUAUGGGGAUGCAGGGUACAUCGGGAAAAGUGGCACUCGCUCGGAGUAUAGAUAUUGA